AUGAUCGCCAAUAUUCUACGAGCAUUCCGUCAGUGUAAAUCACGAUAUGCAGUGUCACAAAUAGAAUCAAAAAAGAUCUAUGAAACACAGAACUUCAUUCGAAAUUUCCGUGUUGUCGAUAAUCAGCGUAGAUUGAUGGAGCUCUCCUAUCAAAUCGAACCACGUCGGCGGAGGAAUUAA